GACCAAUGAAUAGUCUACAAUUGUCUUCCUUGCUCGUCUUACCAGUAGACCGAUAGGACCCACCUCUGAGAUCUGAUAGGCCCCUCAUUCUCUCUUUGUCACUCUCUCUUUCUAUCCUCUCAUCUUUUUUUUUUUUUUUGUUUCUUCGCCCACGGCUUUGAUGCUAACCCACCUCUAAACCCCUCUACAAACUGAAAUCUCUCUCGGAUCCUUGAUAGUUCAAACACUUACAAAUCACGCUUGGAAGCGAAAUCCUACAAAGAAUUCAAUCGGGCGGGGUAAUUCUAAGUUCGGAAAAUCGUUUUUGCCUGAUAGAUAUUUGACGGCUUUAUCGGGGAACACAGCUCUGAAGCAUAAUGGAAAGUAUCUUUGGUCAAGGGCUUGAUUUAGAAGAGAGCGACAGAGGUUUGGAAGCCGAAACCUUUGAUCAGGAAACGACAGAAGAUGACCUCUCAAAGGAUUUGGAGUUGUGUACGGAAGAAAAUAGCCAGAUGAUGGAACAAUCUAUUGUAGCAUUGCCAAACAAUUCCGAUGUUCUAGAACCAUAUGUCGGCAUGGAAUUCAAAUCAAGAGAUGAGGCCAGGGAAUUUUAUGUUGCAUAUGGAAGGCGUACAGGUUUUACUGUGCGCAUUCAUCAUAAUCGACGUUCACGUCUGAACAAUCAAGUCAUUGGUCAAGAUUUUGUUUGCUCAAAAGAAGGCUUUCGUGCAAAAAAGUAUGUAUACAGAAAGGAUAGGGUUCUUCCUCCACCACCAGUUACUAGAGAAGGAUGUAAUGCAAUGUUAAGGCUAGCCCUAAGGGAUGGAGUAAAGUGGAUAGUCACUAAAUUUGUAAAGGAGCACAGCCACAAGCUAAUGAGUCCUAGUAAAGUGCCGUGGCGGCGAUCAGAAAGGAUUCUAAUCAGUGAGGAUGAGAAGGAUAAAAAAAUUCGAGAACUAUCACUUGAACUGUACAAUGAGAAACGACGAUGUCAACGUCGGUGUGCAGCAUAUCAGGAACAGCUUAAUAUGAUUUUGAAAGAUGUUGAAGAUCACACCCAACACCUGUCAAGAAGAGUUCAAGACAUUGUUCAAAACAUAAGAGAAAUAGAAGAUGAGGAAUCAGAGGCUCCUGAUCAAAGAUGAACACUUGUGCAACUCCUGGGUUUUUUUUUCUUUGGAAGAGUGCAGUACAUUGUACACCCAUUCCUGCUUCCUAGAGUUUAAAAUUUUACAUCAUUGGUUUGUCUAGGUUUUAGUGUGAAUCAUUUUAUGUACAUAUUUAAGGCCAGCAAAACAUUAUUAAUAGUCCAAUAAAGUAACCAUAUUGAGGUAAUAUCCAAAUGUAAGUUACAGUGAAUAUAGGUUGGAGCACCUAUAGUCUGUCCUUACCAUCUGCAGUUUUAAGUAAAAUAAAAUGCCUUACUGCAUACUGCCUUUACGUGUA